CACGGGCUGCAUUUAUUUUCCUCAUCCUCCCAUCCCAUGUGCUUCUCCUCGGGAUGAGAAAGCUCGGCAAUAUCCGUGUCAGCUCCAGCUGGAUGCCAAAGCCACAAGCCCAGGGUCAUUCCCAUGCCAGCCCUAACGGGGCUGUAGGAGAAGCAGAGAUGUCUGAUCCAGCCUCUAAAUGCUGAAAAUUCCUUGGGGAUUUAUCCAGCUCAGCUCAUGCCUUAGGCCGGUGUGGAGGGAGCUGCCGUUGUGCCCUGGGACGCUGAAGUGUCACCUGUCCCCCAUCCCGACAGAGAGGAGAGAGCAGGGGAAAAUCCCUGGCUGCAGAUCCCAGCGUCCCAGAUCCCCGGGAUCACACGGAUCGGCCGCCCUUCCCACGGACGAUGGCGUUUCCCAACCAGUCCGAUUACCUGGAUGGCCUCAAUAACAACUACAGCGACUACCCGGACUACUCCUUCGAGGACACGGGCAGCGCGCGGGCAGAGCCGGCCCACGACCCCAAGGACAUCACCAGGAUCCUGUCGGUCAUCAUCUACAGCGUGUCCUGCGUGCUGGGCAUCCUGGGCAACGGCCUCGUUAUCGCCAUCAUCACCCUGAAGAUGAAGAAGUCGGUCAACGCCGUCUGGUUUCUCAACCUGGCCGUGGCCGACUUCCUCUUCAACAUCUUCCUGCCCAUCAACAUUGCCUACACGGCCAUGAGCUACCACUGGAUCUUCGGCACGGUCAUGUGCAAGCUGAACUCCUUCCUCCUCAUCCUCAACAUGUACACGAGCGUCCUGCUGCUCACCACCAUCAGCUUCGACCGCUACGUGUCCGUGGUGUUCCCGGUGUGGUCGCAGAACCACCGCUCCACCAACCUGGCCUACGGGGUUUGCGUGAUCAUCUGGACCGUGGGCAUCGUCAUGAGCUGCCCCUCGCUCGUCUUCCGGGACACGAUGCAGAUCCGCAACUCCGUGAUUUGUUUCAGCAACUUCUCCCUCUCCUGGAAUAAAUCCUACAAAGGGCUGUCUCUGAUGAGGCACCGCACCGUGAACAUCACCAGGUUCCUGGCCGGGUACAUCCUCCCCAUCACCAUCAUCACCUUCUGCUACGUCGCCAUCGUCUUCAACCUGCGCCGGAACCGCCUGGCAAAGUCCAAGAAGCCCUUCAAGAUCAUUGUCACCAUCAUCGUCACCUUCUUCCUCUGCUGGAGUCCCUACCACCUGCUGAACCUGCUGGAGACGGUGCCCGACACAGUGCCCCGGUCUGUGUUUGAGAUCUUCAUCCCGCUCACCACGGCUCUGGCAGCCUCCAACAGCUGCAUGAACCCCGUCCUCUACGUCUUCAUGGGCCAGGACUUCAAGAAGUUCAAGGUGACCCUCCUUUCCAGGCUGGUGAACGCCCUCAGCGAGGAGACAGGACACUCCAGCAUCGUGCACAGGAGCUUCUCCAAGGUCUCCUCCAUGACUGAGAAAGAGACAACGGUUGUCUAAACU